AUGUCGGACCGUUCACCUCCCCGUCGAGGGCGGUGGGACUCACCAUCCCCGCCGCCAUCGCGGGAGCGUGCUGCUAGUGGGCGACGCAGCAGGUCCCCCCCGCGCCGACACCGUGACCGGUCCCCACCCCGGCACCGCGACCGAUACGACGAGGACCGCGGGGACCGCAGCUCUGACCGUGACUCUCGCUCAAGUCGUGGACGGGGCCAGGAUGGUCCAGGGCGAGGCCGGGGGCGAGGUCGGGGGCGGGGUCGCUAUCCUCGCGAGGAAGUGGAUGAGUCACAGAUGCAGUAUGGUCUACCUGAGCACCGGAACGAGGGAGCCAGUCGUAAUGAUGCAGACGCCGGGCCGCCACAGCCGAAGGAGGAGGCUAAUUUCGGUACAUCGGGCCUGUUGACGGAGGAAGCCAAUACAUUCAAUGGUGUGGUUGUGCUGUACAAUCAACCACCAGAGGCGCGGAAGCCAAAGGCGCGUUGGCGCUUUUACCCUUUCAAGGGUGAGGAGGCGCUUGACCCCAUCUACCUUCAUCGCCAAUCCGCAUACCUGAUUGGCCGUGACAAGCGAGUCUGUGACAUGCCCUUGCUACAUCCCUCCAUAUCCAAGCAGCAUGCCGGUACAGUCUUGCUGCCAAGGAGCCCUAGACUCCAGCUGGCAGCCCAUCCAGAGGUGUCCCCUUUCCCUACACAUGCUCUUUCGCUCACCCCCUUUGUUCUUGGGUUUAGUGCCAAUAAGACCUUUCUGAACGGCGAGCCAAUCGAGGCACAGCGCUACUAUGAACUACGGGAGAAGGAUGUGAUCAAGUUUGAUGCCUCACACGUGCGGGUGCUGGAUCUUGCAGGCAACAGCACACGCGAGUACGUGCUCCUAACGGAGCAGGCCGCAGACAACUAA